AUGCCUCGUGCUGAGACCAUUGCCGAUCGAAUCGAUACCGACCGCGAGGUCGACGACUCGGAGGCCACAGACAGGGGAGUCGCCUACAUCGAUUCGGAGUUUCGAGUCGACGACCGAGCCCGGCUAGAAGUAGGAGAAAUCCCCACCGUCUCUGACGCCGUUUGCCUCCACUGCCGGAAAAGCAAGAGGAAAUUCCGAAAAGUUUUUUCUUAUCUGCGCUCUCACCUGAAGUGGAAGAGGGGGAAGCAGACAUCUUCUUCGAUGCCGAUGUCGACGACGGCGACGGAUAUGGGCGAUAAGAAAGUUGUCCUCUUCGAUCUCGGGGGUGUGAUCGUUACCCCACCCCAAAGGGCGCUCUUGAAGUACUGCGAGGAAGCUGGACUGCCCAGGAAUUUCAUCUUUAACGUGAUAUCGCAAGGUCGGGCAAACAACACAUUCGGUCGCCUUGAGACGGGGGAACUCACAGUUACUCAGUUUGCGACCGAGUUCGAGCAGGAAUGCAGGCGGGUAGCCGAGGAGCAGGGUUUGGUGAUACCGGAUAGGUUCAGUGCAACCGAGAUGAUCCACUUCAAAGAUCCGGAUCUUAUUCCGGAGAUGCUCAACGCUGUAGCCGUACUCAAAGAACACGGUAUUAAGACAUGCGCCCUCACAAACAAUUACAUUGAUAAUACGUCGAACCGAGCUUAUGCAGCAGGCGGAUUAACCGCGUUUACCCUCUACUUUGACGAAUUUGUGGAAUCGUGUCGGUUAGGUGUCCGAAAACCGGACCCGAGCAUAUUUCAGGAGGCCCUGUCGAGACUUGGCGCCGAAGCAAACCAGGCUGUUUUCUUGGACGAUUCUGAAGUGAACACUAAGGCAGCCGAAGCUCUGGGGAUGUCCACCAUCUUGGUCGAUGAAUCGAAAAGUGCUCUAGAACAGCUCAAAAUCAUGACUGGAAUUGAUGUCUUCAAGCAAGCCGGACCUAUCACCGUUGAUCCCGAAGAAGUCACACACAGUUACGUCACAACGAGGAGUAAAGUUCGGUUUCAUUUCGCUGAGCUUGGAAACGGGCCUCCUGUGCUUCUGUGCCACGACUUUGAAGAAGACUGGGAGGCAUGGCGAAGUCAGAUGCCAGAACUCGCCAUAGCAGGGUUUCGAGCCAUUGCCUUGGAUUUGAAAGGAUUUGGAGAAAGCAGCAAGCCAUCGGAUGCAGAGCAGUACACAUUGAAAAUCUUAUGUCGGGAUAUAUCCGAGUUCUUGGAUGCGCUGGGAAUCGCCCAGGUCACCCUCAUCGGUCAAGGCAUGGGGGCGGCAUUCGCUUGGACAUUCGCAAACCACAACACAGAUAGAGUUCGAGCCGUUGCCGGAAUCAACACAUCUCCCUCUAUCGUCCUUCCCGAAACAUUGUGCGGUGGCCAAAUCAAGAGAAUGGGGUCUCUUCGUGAUUUCAUCAGAUUUCGCCAAUCAGUAAAAGACAACAACAACAACAAUCAAGAUGUGGAGAUGGAACAAUUCUACAGAAUAGCCACCUACCAUUCUAGCGAUGAUACUAAUCCGACCAACUUAAAGAGAGAGCAUUGCCAUCUUGGUAUUGAAAUUACAGAUCUAGACCUGUCAACGAGGACAUCGAUGUCCAUGAACUGUCUCUGUUUCGAAGCAGAAAAACGAGCCAAGAAAUUUUGUAGUUAUCACCAGAGCAUUAAAGCAAAAUCUCAACCAAGGGGAGCUAAUUGGUUCAGGAACAACACGGCCAAUUGGGAGUGGAACCGGCGACUUUACGGCCGAAUGCUCAUCAUUCCAUCUUUGGUCGUGACAUCAGGUCAAGGGUCACCAAAGAAUAUCCCGGACGUCAGUGAACUACAGAAAUGGGUCCCCGACAUUGAACAUAGCCAUAUUUCAGGCUGCGAGAUCAAAACAGUCCCAGAACGAUCCUCAGAACUUAACCGAAUUCUUCGUAAAUGGCUCUUUACGAAUCACGCAGGCGAACAUACACCUCUAAUGCCAAUGUCAGUUGACUGACAUUCCCGACAGUAACCACAAGAUGGCGUCCUUCAAAUGAAGGAGAAAAAAACUAUUGACCAAUUUGGCAUGGAAUAUUAAAUUGCCAUAAACAAUGAACCAGAGAAUGUCUUUGGAUUGAAAGAAAUUACGAGAGACCUACCUCAUCUUGAAGGAUAAUUGAUUUGGAGAAAAAUAUCAGAUUCAGUCGUUGCCUCAAGAUGGCGCCCUACUCAAAGUGGAGAUCAAACUAUUGACCAAUCAGGCAUGGAAUAUUAAACUCUAUGCAGAGUUUCCCCGACUCACCCGAGAAUGUCUCUGGAUUGGAGGAAAUAACAGAGAGCCAAGUCAUGUCGAGGGUCAACUCAUUCUUAGGGAAACGAUCAGAUUUAAUUGUCGUCAUAAGAUGGCGCCCUACUCAUCAAGGGGAACAAAGUCCAUUGACCACUUUGGCAUGGAAUAUCAAAAUACCAUAGUCAUGGUUUUCUGAUCCUUUAGAGUAAAUCUUUUGAUCGAAAGAAAUUAAAAAGAGCUUGGAUGAUAAUAUAUUUUGAGGAAACGAUCAGGCUCAGUCGUUGCAAAAAGAUGGCGCCCUGACCAUAGAGAUGGGUAAAAUACCCUCGCGCUAUUGGCCGUUUUGGCAUGGAAUAUCAACAUGAUCAAAAUGCCACAGACAUGGUUUCCUGAUCCGUGAAUAUCUUUUGAUUGAAAGAAAUUACCAAAAGAUCAAUGGUCUCGAAUCUGAAUAGGCCUACAUCAAACCGGAAAUGGAACAAAUCAGAAGAGGAUCAAACCGGAAGCGGAUCAAACUGGAAGCGGAUCAAACCGGAAGUGGAUCAAACCGGAAGUGGAUCAAACCGUGUGAAUUCAAACUAGGAGCGGAUUUAACACAAAAUUGUGAAGGAAAUUUUUUCUUGAUAACUUUUCUGAGUACAAAGCUCGACCCAAUCUGAUGAUAGUGUGUAUUGUAUAACGAAGUGUCAUGAUGUUAGAAAGGGAGAGAAAAGGUAUAUUCCUGAAUCUCCUUCAUAUAAUGAACGUCUUGUAGGUUCAGAACAGGGUAGGCCUUUAUUUUAGGGGAGCCUUUGUAAAGAAAAUGUGUCAAAAAUAGUAAAUCUUACAUGUCCGAGAAAUGCAGAAAAGCCUAUGACAUCGGACAUUGUGAUUUAAAACUAAUAUAGAAAUUGUAAAUUGUAAAAUAAAAUACUUUUGUCAAGUCGUUUGUAAAUUUUUUCGAUAUGAAUAUUCUGAAUUGCAAAAUUCUAUUUUUUUUUAUAGGCAGAGUAUAUUAAUAAUAUCACUUCGAAAGAGAUGCCCUUUAGAGCAGAGGGGGUUAUCUUACAGAGUGAGACUUAAAAGAGGAAAGACGCUUGAUGAUCACCCAUGACGCUUUUUGCUUAUUGAGAUGGUUGGCAACCAUUACUGCAUUAAUUGUGAUUAAUACUAACUUAAUGCAAUCUGUACAUGUCUGUAUAAUAUGUAUAAUUAUCAGUACAUAAUAAAAAAUAAUGAUGUAUGAAUUGUGUAUAUGUAUAUUCUCAGGAAAAUGUGAUUGAUUUCAUAAUUUUUUUGUGAUAUAACAAUAACAACAUCCGUCUAGCAAAAGUGAUUAUUUUAAAAUGUUAUUUCUUUACGUUAGACGUAGACGCAUAAAUCCUAUCGCCUUAGGCCAUUUUGGCCUCAGAGAUCUUACUCAGGGCUUAACAAAAAUAACCAAAAACAAUUAUCCUGAUUUUUGUACGAAUCAACAUUCAGAGUAAAAGUGGAAUUUAUUCACACGUCCGUUUCUUCCUUGGUUUAAUAAACUUUAAAUGAUCUGUAUAACUGCAGAGAACCAAACAGGAGAUAUUGAUAUUUUGUCUCUUUUCUAAUGGCACAUCGCCCUCUACGGUUGAAGUAAGCAAAUGCAGUAAACCCCUUUAAUCCUCCAUGAAUACUUCGCAGUUCCCAAUAUAUUAAAUGAUAAAAAAAAUUGAACUUGGCUUGGAAACAAAUUCGUUUCUGACAGAAUUUUCAAGCAUAAUCCACCCUCAAAUUUCAAAAGUUGAUUUUUGGCUAAACAGAUCGUAAAAUUAAGCCACUGCCCCUUUAUUCGAUUCUAAUUUGAAAUGGACAUUUUUAACUUCCUUUUCAAUAAAUUUUCUCUCUGUUAUAUCGAAAAUGCACAUAUUUCUGCUAGACAGUAUUAUAAUAUAUACAUUAUGUAAAUCUGCUUUUAACCAGGGAUAUUAUGAUUAUUCCAUAAAUUUCUGUCGAUUCAGAGAAAGUUUUUAUUUCAUGUAAAUGUUUUCAUUCUACUCAUAUAACCAUGAUAACGCUCUAUCCAAGCGAGUCUCGGAACACUAUUUAAUAUUGCAAAUUGUUUGUAUAUUUUGUGUAACACAAUACUAACAAAUUUAGUCGGAAUUUAUAUGCGUUUUACAUAUUGCAAAUCUAUUUUCUUAUAAACUUUCAAAGCGAGUUGAAUUCAAUAUAUAUUUAUACAAAUCAGACGCGCACAUCCCCCCUUUUUUUUUUUGGGGGGGGGGGGGUUGGGGGCAGGACAUUUCGGUUGACUUAUUUUUCCAGUUUGUUGAUCAAACUAGAACCAAAUUCAAUGAAAAAAAAUCUGUUCUGUUUCGAUAGAGGGCGCUACAUGAGAUCAUUUACUCAACACUCAUCUGCAAAAGAGAUAAUUUUUUAUUCUGUUCAGGGGAAAAUGAUCAUCUUUUACAAAGUCUGCUUUAUUUGUCGAUUGAUUAUACAUUUUUUUCUCUGCUCUCACAUUGUUAUGUAAAAGAAAUUGGGCAGUUAUAUUUACUUUGUAAUAAUUCUGAAAAUUUGUCUGUAAUCUCGUUGAUAUGAAUAUAUUUCUCUGUUUCAUUUACAUGCACAAAACAUUGAUUUAUAUAAAUCGAUUUGAAAGAGGAAGAAAAUAAAAUAUUAUUUAAAAAAUCCUUUUCUUGCGAAGUCGCUAGUUAUUUUUUCGCGCACUAUAGCUUGUCAUUUUUAUACUUUACAGUUGUAGUAUUUUUUUUUUUCAUUUUUGACAUUAUCUCUUUUAUCUUGCUUAUUUUAUGUUAACCGUUUGUGGAAUAUCAGUAUUACUGCAGAAAAAAUGUUUGGUUUGAUCAACAUUUUAAGAAUUGUUUGGUUGCUGUGAAGUGUGAACAGUAUCUGUACAUAUAAACUUGUGAUUUCGAUUAAAGUAUAGUUUGUUUAGUGAUUUAUGGAUUUAAAUGUACAACAUCGACUAAACUAAUAAAUUGUGAAUUUAAUAAAAAUGAAAGUAGUAGUAUGUUCA